AUGAGGGACGAAGCUGGUGGAAAAGACUGUGGCCAGAACACAGAGGACCUUGGCAGCAGUGAAGCUGCACCUAGCAGCUUUGUGGAGAAUGGACUCCACUUCCUGGUGUUCGACACAGAGGAGGUUCACGACAUGCUGCGCAUCUGGGAUGGACCUGUGGAGAGCGGGGUUCUACUGAAGGAGCUGAGUGGUGCGGCCCUGCCCAAGGACCUUCACAGUACCUUCAACUCAGUCGUCCUGCAGUUCAGCACCGACUUCUUCACCAGCAAGCAGGGUUUUGCCAUUCAGUUCUCAGUGUCCACAGCAACAUCCUGCAAUGACCCCGGGGUCCCUCAGAACGGGAGUCGGAGUGGUAACAGUUGGGAAGCUGGCGACUCCACGGUGUUCCAGUGUGACCCUGGCUACGCGCUGCAGGGAAGUGCAGAGAUCAGCUGUGUGAAGAUCGAGAACAGGUUCUUCUGGCAGCCCAGCCCGCCAACGUGCAUCGCUCCCUGUGGAGGAGACCUAACAGGACCAUCAGGAGUCAUCCUGUCACCAAAUUACCCAGAGCCCUACCCACCAGGCAAAGAAUGUGACUGGAAAGUGACUGUCUCGCCAGACUACGUCAUCGCCCUGGUAUUUAACAUCUUUAACUUGGAGCCUGGCUAUGACUUCCUCCAUAUCUACGACGGACGGGACUCUCUCAGCCCCCUCAUAGGAAGCUUCUAUGGCUCCCAGCUCCCAGGCCGCAUUGAAAGCAGCAGCAACAGCCUCUUCCUCGCCUUCCGCAGCGAUGCAUCUGUGAGCAAUGCUGGCUUCGUCAUUGACUAUACAGAAAACCCACGGGAGUCAUGUUUUGAUCCUGGGUCCAUCAAGAAUGGCACGCGAGUGGGGUCCGACCUGAAGUUGGGCUCCUCUAUCACCUACUACUGCCAUGGGGGCUAUGAAGUUGAGGGCUCCUCCACUCUGAGCUGCAUCCUGGGGCCAGAUGGGAAGCCGGUGUGGAACAAUCCUCGGCCAGUCUGCACAGCCCCCUGUGGGGGACAGUAUGUGGGUUCAGACGGAGUGGUCUUGUCCCCCAACUAUCCCCAGAACUACACCAGUGGACAGAUCUGCUUGUAUUUUGUCACCGUUCCCAAGGACUAUGUGGUGUUUGGUCAGUUUGCCUUCUUCCACACGGCCCUCAACGACGUGGUGGAGGUGCAUGACGGUCACAGCCAGCACUCUCGGCUCCUCAGCUCCCUCUCAGGCUCCCACACAGGAGAAUCGCUGCCCUUGGCCACCUCCAAUCAAGUUCUCAUUAAGUUCAGUGCCAAAGGCCAAGCGCCAGCCAGGGGCUUCCACUUUGUCUACCAAGCGGUGCCUCGAACCAGCGCCACACAGUGCAGCUCUGUUCCGGAACCACGCUAUGGCAAGAGGCUGGGCAGUGACUUCUCAGUGGGGGCUGUCAUCCGUUUCGAAUGCAACUCCGGCUAUGCUCUGCAAGGGUCCCCAGAAAUUGAGUGUCUCCCUGUGCCUGGGGCCUUGGCCCAGUGGAAUGUCUCGGCACCCACGUGUGUGGUGCCAUGUGGAGGCAACCUCACUGAGCGCAGGGGCACCAUCCUGUCCCCCGGCUUUCCGGAGCCCUACCUCAACAGCCUCAACUGUGUGUGGAAGAUUAUGGUCCCAGAAGGCGCUGGCAUCCAGAUUCAAGUCAUCAGUUUUGUCACGGAGCAGAACUGGGACUCCCUAGAAGUGUUUGAUGGUGCAGAUAACACUGUAACCAUGCUGGGGAGUUUCUCAGGAACAACGGUGCCUGCCCUUCUGAACAGCACGUCCAACCAGCUGUACCUUCACUUCUACUCAGACAUCAGCGUGUCUGCGGCCGGCUUCCACUUGGAGUACAAAACGGUGGGCCUGAGUAGUUGUCCAGAACCUGCGGUGCCCAGUAAUGGGGUGAAGACUGGAGAACGCUACUUGGUGAACGAUGUGGUCUCUUUCCAGUGUGAGCCGGGAUAUGCCCUUCAGGGCCACGCCCACAUCUCCUGCAUGCCUGGAACCGUACGGCGAUGGAACUACCCUCCUCCACUCUGUAUUGCCCAAUGUGGGGGGACAGUGGAAGAGAUGGAGGGUGUGAUCCUGAGCCCCGGCUUCCCAGGCAACUAUCCCAGCAAUAUGGACUGCUCCUGGAAAAUAGCACUGCCUGUGGGCUUUGGAGCACACAUCCAGUUUCUGAACUUCUCCACCGAGCCCAACCAUGACUUCAUCGAAAUCCGGAAUGGGCCCUACGAGACCAGCCGCAUGAUGGGGAGAUUCAGUGGAGGCGAGCUUCCGAGCUCCCUGCUCUCCACAUCCCACGAGACCACCUUGUAUUUCCACAGCGACCACUCCCAGAACCGGCCAGGAUUCAAGCUGGAGUAUCAGGCCUAUGAGCUUCAAGAAUGCCCAGACCCAGAGCCCUUUGCCAAUGGCAUUGUGAGGGGAGCUGGCUACAACGUGGGACAAUCAGUGACUUUUGAGUGCCUCCCAGGGUAUCAACUGAUUGGCCACCCUGUCCUCACAUGUCAACAUGGCACCAACCGGAACUGGGACCACCCUCUGCCCAGGUGUGAAGUCCCCUGUGGUGGAAACAUCACCUCUUCCAAUGGCACUGUGUACUCCCCGGGGUACCCCAGCCCUUACUCCAGCUCCCAGGACUGUGUCUGGCUGAUCACCGUACCCAUUGGCCAUGGAAUCCGCCUCAACCUCAGCCUGCUGCAGACAGAGCCAUCUGGAGACCUCAUCACCGUCUGGGAUGGGCCACAGCAGACAGUUCCACGGCUUGGAAUCUUCAGCCGGAGCAUGGCCAAGAAGACGGUGCACAGUUCAUCCAACCAGGUCCUGCUCAAGUUCCACCGUGAUGCAGCCACAGGGGGAAUCUUCGCCAUAGCCUUCUCUGCUUCUCCACUCACCAAGUGCCCUCCUCCCACCAUCCUCCCCAAUGCCGAAGUUGUCACAGAGAAUGAAGAAUUCAACAUAGGUGACAUUGUACGCUACAGAUGCCUCCCUGGCUUUACCUUAGUGGGGAAUGAAAUCCUGACCUGCAAACUUGGAACUUACCUGCAGUUUGAAGGCCCACCCCCAAUAUGUGAAGUGCACUGCCCAACGAAUGAACUUCUGACAGACUCCACGGGAGUGAUCCUGAGUCAGAGCUACCCUGGAAGCUAUCCCCAGUUCCAGACCUGCUCUUGGCUGGUGAGAGUGGAACCUGAAUAUAACAUCACACUCACAGUGGAGUACUUCCUCAGCGAGAAGCAGUAUGAUGAAUUUGAGAUCUUUGAUGGUCCCUCAGGACAAAGUCCACUGCUGAAAGCCCUCAGUGGGAAUUACUCAGCUCCCCUGAUUGUCACCAGCUCAAGUAAUUCUGUGUACCUUCGCUGGUCAUCUGAUCAUGCCUACAAUCGGAAAGGCUUUAAGAUUCGGUACUCAGCCCCUUACUGCAGCCUGCCCAGGGCUCCACUCCAUGGCUUCAUCCUGGGCCAGACUAGCACCCAGCCCGGUGGCUCCAUCCACUUUGGCUGCAACGCAGGCUACCGCUUGGUGGGACACAGCAUGGCCAUUUGUACCCGGCAUCCCCAGGGCUACCACCUGUGGAGCGAGGCCAUUCCUCUCUGUCAAGCUCUUUCCUGUGGGCUUCCAGAGGCCCCCAAGAAUGGGAUGGUGUUUGGCAAGGAGUACACAGUGGGAACCAAGGCUGUGUACAGCUGCAGCGAAGGCUACCACCUCCAGACAGGCACCGAGGCCACUGCAGAGUGCCUGGAUACAGGCCUGUGGAACAACCACAACGUCCCCCCACAGUGUGUCCCUGUGACCUGUCCUGAUGUCAGCAGCAUCAGUGUGGAGCAUGGCCGCUGGAGGCUCAUCUUCGAGACACAGUACCAGUUCCAGGCCCAGCUGAUGCUCAUCUGUGACCCCGGCUACUACUAUACCGGCCAAAGGGUCAUCCGCUGUCAGGCCAAUGGCAAAUGGAGCCUUGGGGACUCUAUGCCCACCUGCCAAAUCAUUUCCUGUGGAGAGCUCCCCAUACCCCCCAAUGGACACCGCAUCGGAACAUUGUCUGUCUAUGGAGCAACAGCCAUCUUCUCCUGCAACUCCGGAUACACACUUGUGGGUUCCAGGGUGCGGGAGUGCAUGGCCAAUGGGCUCUGGAGUGGCUCUGAAGUGCGCUGCCUUGCUGGACACUGUGGGACUCCAGAGCCCAUCGUCAAUGGACACAUCAAUGGGGAGAACUAUAACUACCGGGGAAGCAUGGUAUACCAGUGCAACGCCGGCUUUCGUCUGAUCGGCAUGUCUGUGCGCAUCUGCCAGCAGGAUCAUCACUGGUCGGGCAAGACUCCUUUCUGUGUGCCAAUUACCUGUGGACACCCUGGCAACCCUAUCAAUGGCCUCACUCAUGGCAACCAGUUUAACCUCAAUGAUGUAGUCAAGUUUGUGUGCAACCCUGGAUAUGUGACUGAAGGGGCCACUAGAUCCCAGUGCCUGGCCAGUGGGCAGUGGAGUGACACGCUGCCCAUCUGCAGAAUCAUCAACUGUACCGAUCCUGGACACCAAGAAAACAGCAUCCGUCAGGUCCAUGCCAGCGGCCCACACAGAUUCAGCUACAGCACCACUGUGUCUUACCAGUGCAACCACGGUUUCUACCUCCUGGGCACGCCAGUGCUCAGCUGCCAGGGAGACGGCACAUGGGACCGUCCCCGCCCACAGUGUCUCUUGGUGUCCUGUGGCCAUCCAGGGUCCCCACCUCAUUCCCAGAUCUCUGGAGACAGCUAUACAGUGGGGACAGUUGUGCGUUACAGCUGCACCGGCAAGCGGACUCUUGUGGGAAAUGCCACCCGCAUGUGUGGACUGGAUGGACAUUGGACUGGCUCCCUCCCCCACUGCUCAGGAACCAGCAUGGGAGUUUGUGGUGACCCUGGGAUCCCAGCCCAUGGCAUCCGAUUAGGGGACAGCUUUGAUCCAGGAAGUCUGAUGCGCUUCAGCUGUGAAGCUGGCCACGUGCUCCGGGGAUCGUCAGAGCGAACUUGCCAAGUCAACGGCUCAUGGAGCGGCUCACAGCCUGAGUGUGGAGUGAUCUCUUGUGGGAACCCUGGGACUCCAAGCAACGCCCGAGUUGUGUUCAGUGAUGGCCUGGUGUUCUCCAGCUCCAUCGUCUAUGAGUGUCGGGAAGGUUACUACGCCACAGGCCUGCUCAGCCGUCACUGCUCGGUCAAUGGCACCUGGACAGGCAGCGACCCCGAAUGCCUAGUUAUAAACUGUGGUGAUCCUGGGAUUCCAGCCAAUGGCCUCCGGCUGGGCAAUGACUUCAGGUACAACAAAACUGUGACAUAUCAGUGUGUUCCUGGCUACAUGAUGGAAUCACACAGGGUAUCUGUGCUGAGCUGCACCAAGGACCGGACAUGGAAUGGUACCAAGCCCAUCUGCAAAGCUAUCAUGUGCAAGCCACCUCCACUCAUCCCCAAUGGGAAAGUGGUGGGGUCAGACUUCAUGUGGGGCUCCAGCGUGACUUACGCCUGCCUGGAGGGGUAUCAGCUCUCCCUGCCCGCAGUGCUCACCUGCGAGGGAAAUGGAUCCUGGACGGGAGAGCUGCCUCAGUGUUUCCCUGUCUUCUGCGGAGAUCCCGGCGUACCACCCCGAGGGAGGCGUGAGGACCGAGGCUUCUCCUACAGGUCGUCUGUCUCCUACUCCUGUCAUCCCCCUCUGGUGCUGGUGGGCUCUCCCCGCAGGUUUUGCCAGUCAGAUGGGACGUGGAGUGGCACCCAGCCCAGCUGCAUAGAUCCGAUGCUGACCACGUGUGCAGACCCGGGCAUACCGCAGUUUGGGAUACAGAACAAUUCCCAGGGCUACCAGGUUGGAAGCACCGUGCUCUUCCGUUGUCAAAAAGGUUACCUGCUUCAGGGCUCCACCACCAGGACCUGCCUCCCCAACCUGACCUGGAGCGGAACUCCGCCCGACUGUAUCUCCCACCACUGCAGGCAGCCAGAGACACCAACCCAUGCCAACGUCGGGGCCCUGGACUUGCCCUCCAUGGGCUACACACUCAUCUACUCCUGCCAGGAGGGCUUCUCCCUCAAAGGUGGCUCCGAGCACCGCACCUGCAAAGCGGAUGGCAGCUGGACAGGCAAGCCACCCAUCUGUCUGGAGGUCCGGCCCAGUGGGAGACCCAUCAACACUGCACGGGAGCCGCCACUCACCCAAACCUCAAUUCCUGGGGAUGUUUUUGCCAAGAAUUCCCUGUGGAAAGGGGCCUACGAGUACCAGGGGAAGAAGCAGCCAGCCAUGCUCAGAGUGACUGACUUCCAGGUGGCCAACAGCAAAGUCAACGCCACCAUUGUUGACCACAGCGGUGUCGAGCUGCACUUGGCUGGAACUUACAAGAAAGAAGAUUUCCAUCUCCUACUUCAGGUUUACCAGAUUACAGGGCCUGUAGAGAUUUUUGUGAAUAAGUUCAAAGAUGACCACUGGGCUUUAGAUGGACAUGUCUCCUCAGAGUCCUCUGGAGGCACCUUCAUCUACCAGGGUUCUGUCAAGGGCCAUGGCUUCGGGCAAUUCGGCUUUCAAAGACUUGACCUCAGGCUGUUGGAGUCAGACCCCGAGUCCAUCGGCCGCCACUUUGCUUCCAACAGCAGCUCCGUGGCGGCCGCGAUCCUGGUGCCUUUCAUCGCCCUGAUCAUUGCGGGCUUUGUGCUCUAUCUCUACAAGCACAGGAGAAGACCCAAAGUUCCAUUUAAUGGCUAUGCUGGCCACGAGAACACCAACGUUCGGGCCACAUUUGAGAACCCAAUGUACGACCGCAACAUCCAGCCCACAGACAUCAUGGCCAGCGAGGCGGAGUUCACAGUCAGCACAGUGUGCACAGCAGUAUAGCCACCAAGCCUGGCCAUCUCCACCGCCACUGAGAGCCCCGCCUCCAGCAGCUGUUCCCCAGGGGGCAGGAAGUAGGCUCCCCUGAGCACAGUGCCCAGUGCCCAUCUUCGUCUGUCUCUCCGCCUGUGUCUGCUACUGCUGGGACUGGGGCCCUCGCCCUGCCACCCUCUAGCCUGUCACCCUGGAGAGGACUCCUGCCGAGCCCUGACUUGGGGCAGUAAAGGAAGAGGGGCUGCUGACGGGGGAAGGAAGUGGAUGGAUUUGAAAUAGCAAAACAACUCUGGGUGUGUGUAAGUGUGUACGGGCCAGAGCACA